UACACAAUCCCGCCUCUCUAUCGUGAAGGUCAACAAAAUCAAAUAUGUACUGCUGAGAUAGCUGAGAAGCGGGCUCCCCGUGCCACCCCUUGUUGUGUCUAAACUGGGACACUUCGGCAGACCACCACUCCCCUCUGUUCCGGUCUGACAGAGACUGCGCGAGGGAGAAUAAUGGGGAUCAAGAUGAUUAACACGCUGCUAAUAAGUGUUGCGGUGGUGCUUUUCUGUGCAAAAAACGCUCUUGGUAAUGGAACUACAUGUAAUUUUGAUGGAUCCUUAUGUGGGUACUCGUUUUCUGCAGAUGAAGAUAGAUUUAAGUGGCAACAGAUUGGAAGAAAUAAGGGAUAUCCAACUGAAGAUCACACGAUUGGCACAAAAGGUUUUAACGGACAGUUCCUUACAGUCAAGUGGAGAAGUGGUAAUGCUGGAAACCAGAAAGCAAUUAUAACAUCACCACGAAUUCCUCAGACAAAUCUUCCAUGUAGUAUAGGAUUUUAUUAUAACAUGAACAGUGACCAAAUAUCAUUAACCGCACACGUGAAAACUGUGUCAACGCAACAGACAAAACAAAUAUGGGCUCAUCAAGUAAGAGGGCAUGGUUGGACAUACAGUGGACCGAUUGAUAUCACUUCGUUCUCCAACCAAGGGGACUUUCAGGUUCUGAUUCAAGCCCAAAUAAAGCCUGGUUUUGCUUUUAGUAAGGUCGUAUCCGUCGACGAUGUAACAUUCACUGGCUGUGGCAAUGGCGCAGGCCCUGUAAAUCCAACCUCAUCAACUUCCUUGUCUACUCUCAAAACUACGACCAUGUCUUCCACCACAUCUAGUACGACAAUUUCGAGGAAAAUUACUACCUCGAUGCCAUCUUCUCUUUCGGAUUAUGGGUCACCGUGCAACUUUGAUGGCAGCCUGUGUGGUUAUUCUUUGACUUCCGAUGAAGAUAAAUUUAAAUGGCAGAAGAUAGGAAAUAACAAAGGAAUGCCAACCGAAGAACACACAAAUGGUCAUAUAUUGGGGUCAAAGGGAGAAUUUCUCACAGCCAAAUGGCCAAGUGGUAAUGCUAACGGCCAGAAAGCAACCAUAUUAUCACCGGUUAUUUCACAAACAAGUACUUCGUGUAGCAUGGAGUUUUAUUAUUACUUUAACACCGACCAAAUAACACUAACAGUUUUUGUAAAAACGCUAUCAACAAAUCAUCAAAACCAGGUGUGGGUCAAUAAAGGCAUGGCGCUAUCUUGGACAAGUAGUGGAUCCAUUGAUAUCAGUUCUCUUUCUAAUAAAGGGGACUUCCAGGUAAUGAUUCAAGCCCAACUGGAAUCCAAGUAUUUGUUUUCCAAGGUGGUAUCCAUUGACGACGUUUCUUUCAGUGGAUGCAAUUGUGCCAUUCCUCCAUGCAAAGGUUUAGUAACUGGUACUUUUUCAACAUCUACCACCCCGCCAACACUGACUCCAUCAUCUACUAAAUCCACUACGGUGCAGCGUAUCACUUCAUCGACAGCGACAACUCCUGCGGUAAAAGGGUUUGGAGCUCCAUGUACAUUCGAUGGAGCCAUGUGCGAUUACACCGUCACUGCGGACAUGCCAGACAGUUUCAAGUGGCUGAUGAUCGGUAUGAAUAAAGGUCUCCCAACAGAAGAUCAUACCAUAGGGAGAGUAUUUGGUUCUAAAGGACAAUUCAUGAUGGCAAAGUGGUCGAGGGGAACAUCCGGCCAACAAACAACAAGUAUGACGUCACCGGUAGUAUCUCAGACAAAUCGACCUUGUUCCAUGUCGUUCUUCUACUAUUUCAACAGUGACGACAUAAGUCUGGCUGUGUAUGUACUAACUUUGAAUCUAGUUCAACCAAACAGGAUUUGGUACAAACCAGGCAAUGGAGCCACCAAUGGUUGGGAGUCCAGUGGUGUUUUAGAUCUUAGUCAGUUCUCUUCUGGGGGACGAUUCCAGGUCCAGAUCCGGGCACAAAUGAAACCAGGUAUUACCUUUGGCAAGAUCGUCUCUGUUGAUGACGUAUUUUUCUCCGGAUGCGAUUGUUCUACUCCACCCUGCACAGUACCAGCAGUGAUCAACACGCCCUCCCCAAGCUCUUCAGUGUCCACGACCGUCACAUCUGCUGUGCCCGUAGUAUCAGAGCCAGAUUUAGGAUUGGGGGCUCCAUGUACAUUCGAUGGCUUUGAUUGUGGUUAUUCAGUGGCAUGGUCCAGUGCAAAUUACAAGUGGCAGAGGACCGGUGCUAAUAAAGGCAUGCCUAACUAUGACCACACAGUUGGGAGUGUUGUAGGAUCAAAGGGCCAGUUUAUGUAUGCUUACUGGGCAAACGGCAUGCCAAACAGUGAAAGGACAACCAUUCAGUCACCGGUUAUAUCAAGAACCACUGGCCCAUGUUAUAUGAAAUUCUACUAUUACUUCAAUAACGCCGACGGAGUGCAACUGUCAGUAUCAUUAAGCACGAUUCCGGUAGGACAGGUGUACCAAGUUUGGUCUUCUACUUCGACUCGUUUCGAUACGUGGAAAAGUUCUAAUGCGAUCGACAUUAGUCAGUAUUCCAGUUUAGGAGAUUUUACG